AUGUUAGAACAUCAAAAAGACUCAAAACAAUAUCAACAGGAAAAACAAGGAGGAGGAGAAGAAGAGGAAGGGAAAAAUGAAAGUAAAUUCUUCCAUCUUCCUUCUCAUUUCCUUCCACGCCGUUAUGAUCUAUUUUUUUCGCCUAGACCUGUUCAAGGUCUCUUUAUUGGCUCAACUGUUGUGACGAUUGAGGUUGCAUCACCUCUUCCACAACCAACACGCCAUAUUACACUGCAUGCACUUAAUCUCUCUAUUGAUUCAGAAGAUGUGAAGAUAAAAACAGGUAUUCAUAAUUCUUCUGGCGAUAUUGAGGGAAGUGGAGAUAGUGUUUCUUCAACAGUUGAAGAAGAGGAAGAGGAAGAGGAAGAAGAAGAAGAAGACGACGAAGGAGUUUUACACUGUGUAGGUAUUCGGAGUUCAGAGGAAAAUGAAACAAUUACAAUAGAAUUUGAUUCAGAACUUCCAAAUGUAAAGGGUACAACAUUUACGUUACAUUUUGUUCACUUUGGUGGUAUUAUUCAACCCUCAUCAACUGCAACAGGCCUUUUUUAUUCCUAUACACAGGAUAAUAAUUUUCUUUCAACGCAUUUAGAACCAACAGAUGCACGGCGGUUGUAUCCAUGCUUUGAUGAACCUUCAUUUCGUGCCGUAUUUCAACUGACCGUAGAGUUUGAUAGUCGUUAUUCCAUUAUUGCAGGUACACUCCCAGUUCAUGAAGAACAUUUAGAGCUUGAUGAAGUUGCUUAUGCGGCAACUUUCUUUGAUUAUGCUUCACCAGAGUCAACUCCUGAUCGUUUUUGGGGGUUUAGCAAUAGUAAUAGCCUUAAUUCUUCCACUCCUGGACCCAGCAUAAAUUCACGUAUGUUGAAAGGGGAAGGUGGUAUGGGUUCGAUACGAAUGGGAUCGGAAAUGAAUGGAAUGUCCUAUCCACAUGGUUCCCAUUCUCUUUACUUAUUUCCACGAUCUCAAACAUGUGAACCAUAUUCUACUGCUACUACUACUGCUGCUGCUGCUGCUGGUGGUGGUGGUGGUGGGGAGUGUUUAGAUGAGGAACCUCGCGUAUGUUCUCUGCGUCGAGUGAUGUUUGAUGUGACUCCCUGUCUGAGUACGUAUCAUAUUGGCUUUCACACGGGCAAAUUUCACAUUCUUGAGAAGUCUGCGAGCCGUUGGCCGCUUCUCUGCCGCGUGGUUUUCCCCCUUGACGUUCACGUGAGUCAAGGUUGGUAUGCGCUGGAUCUCUUGACGAAGGCGGUGGACUUCUUUGACGAUUACUAUGACCACCCGCUGCCGCUCUCCAAGCUGGAUCUCGUGUCUGUGCCGUCUGCGGGGAUGCUCGGGGCGAGUCUCUGGGGCCUCAUUCCGCUCCACCAGUCGUUUCUUCUCGUCGGGGAGUCGACGCCGGUGGAGCGGCGGCAGCGGAUUGCGCGGGCGGUGGGGCACGGGGUGUCGCUGCAGUGGCUGGGCGGCUGGGCGGCGGCGGGGCGGUGGGAGGCCGCGUGGCUCGCGGACGGGGUCGCCCGGCACGUGGAGUUCGCCUUCGUGAACGCCCUCUUCCCGGGGUGGAUGGCGUGGGACGAGUUCCUCGCGCAGCUCCUCGACGACGCCCUCGCCCUCGACACGCAGGCAGAGAAGACACAUCCGGUCAACUACGUUAGUCCAAACCCACGGAGAAUAAGGGAUACCUUUGAUUCCAUAAGCUGUGGGAAAGGGGCGGCUAUUAUACGUAUGUUGGAGGGUCUACUAGGGAGGAAUCAUAUGCAGCAGGCAAUACAGAUGCUUUUACAGAGGUGUGGAGGAAGUAUCUUUGAUGAAAAGAUAUUUCUAAAUUGUUUAUGUAGUGUACAUCAUAGUCCAGGACAGGAUUUAGAUGAGGUUGCAACGGCGGUAAUGCAGUACGCUGAGCGAUCAGGACAUCCCUUACUUUAUAUUGAACAGAGAAAUGGUGUUUGUCGAGUGACACAGUAUGAAACACCAGAUCUACGAGAAGGUGUUAUUCACACAUAUGCACAACUACAACCACAACGAACUGAAAAAAUAGAUGCUAUGGAUUUAAUGGCUCCUCGUAGGUUACGUUCAUUUAAAUGGAAUAUAGACAAUUUACUGAAACGUACAAAUUAUACUAUACCUGUAAGUAUUAUGGAAGUAAAACAUGGUAGUACAUCUUUUGCACACACGUAUAUUAUUCGAAAUUCUCAAGAAUCUAUUACAUGUACACCAGAUCAACUUAUCUUUUUUAAUUACCGUGGUACAAGUGUAUUACGGUGUGAUUAUGAUACUGCCACUUGGCGCCGCAUAUUUGAAAUAGCACCAUUCCUUUCCUCAGAAGAUCGUAUGAUUAUUACUAUAACACUCUUUCGAUUUCGAAACAUUCAUAUUGGACAGGAUGAAAAUAGCAACAAUAACAACAACAACAACAACAACAAUGACGACGAUAUCAAUAGUAUUAAUAAUAGUAGUGAGAAAACGGGUGAUAAUAUAGAUCGAUGUUUACUUUUACUAGAGUGGCUUCUCUUCAUAUCUAAAACUACAUUUAUGAACUCCAGCCAAUGGAAAUAUAUUACCCAUAAUUUGGAGCAAGUUUCUUACAUGGUACGGGAUUACCACUGUUGGAGCGUCUUUUCUCACUUUGUAUGCACUUUAUAUGCCCCUCUUCUUCAUCGUGGGGCAGUUUCCUUCGCGGCAACAGAGAAUGCCGUAUCAUUUGAGUCUCAGACGAAUCUUUCACGUGAAACGGUAUUACACAUUUUACAGUUACUUGCUAUUUGUCGUUCUCCACUUAUUCAAGAUGAGGCACAGCAACUUGUUGCCUGGGCCCUUGCGGCUCUUGGUGUCGUCACUACCUCCUCUCGUGCUGGUGGUUUCAAUGUUGACAACGACACGGAUGCGGCUGGUGUGAGUAUUGCGAUGCAGUCUCUCACUGAGCGUGGGGAUAGUAAUACGUGGUGUACACUCGCCUCUUUGCUGCUUACACUCCUCGGACACCCAACCCAUACCGUACCAUUACCGGAAGUGGAGAAUAUGAAUAUGAAUAGCGAUUUAGAUAUGGAGAUAGAUGCAGAGGUCUUGCUGCGGGUAUCGCAACUCGAUAAAACGCAAGAAACACGAUGGAUUAAUAUGAUUGCACCCGCCGUAUUUGCUCUUGAUCGUAGCAGCACACUAUCCCUACAACUCAUUAUACUGCAGUACUUCACAACUCUUAAUGCUCCCAUUGCAAAGGCGAUGCUGCGUAAUAAGCGGCUCAUGAUACGUUUAUUUGAACCCAAUGGACUUAUUGGAUGGGGAAAACGAUUAUCUAAUAUUCGAAGUCUUCUUAUCGUGUAUGGAGCUACAUUUUGUAGUGAUGCCGUUUUGCUUGGACUCAUGAAAGCUUGUGUGGUGGGAGAUGCACCAAUGGAGGGGAUUGUAAGUCCCACCAGUGAGAUUAAUACUUCUUCUACUACGACUCCUACUGCUAUCAGUCAGAAGCAAUUUACUGCUGAUAAUAGAGAAUCUGUAGUGGGAUGUUCACGAUCCGUUGUAAAUGCGAUUGCUAAAAUGGAAGUAAAUUGCCUUUGGAUGGAAUACUGUUGCGAUCAUUAUUACAACUUUCUCUCAACGAAACUCCCAUCAAGUGGGUUAAACUCUAUGGGAUUAUUCCCAUUCUCUUCCGCCACAGAGGGGAGUAUAGAUGAGAGCAUUGGGGUGAGUAUUUGA